AUGAUCCCAUUUUCUCAAUUUCUGCUCAACUUCAAUAGCGGUCUUAUGUAUGCCCCUUUGCUCGGGGCCGCUGCUUUCUGCGUGCAAAAGGCCCCUCGAGAGCUUCUUGGCCCAGGUCGGAGGAUACAAUUCAACCUUGCGUUUGAGGGGGAUAUCAAAGAGCUGAGGACUACACCGGCAAGCCACGUCAUGACGAUUUAUAUGCCGUUGACGACCCAACUGCUGUCAGUCAAUUACUUUCCCACAGGCAGCCAAGAUCAAUCAGCAGAGAUAGACUGGGAGAAGGGUAUCCAAAGCCUGAAGAUCUCGUACGAAGCUCAUACCACUCUGCUAAAGAACGUUUACCGAAGACAGGAUGAGGCCUCCGCAGACUUGAGUGUGCCUAAAGAGGGUCUAACCGUGUUGCAAGAAAAACUCGAUCUGUUGCACCGUGAACGGGCCGGGACAUCAAUCAAGUUGGAGGAACAACAAAACAUCCUCGAAGCCAUCGAACCAAACACUGAAUUCAAUAAAAAUGAAGCUGGCGACAACAGAUACUCAGCGUGA